GGAAGGUUAGUGCAAUGCGGUCCUUACCCACCGAUUCCUAUACAUACGAGCUCGGACGCGUCUUGCCUCUUAUGGAGCUUCUAUGCCAAGCUUCCCAUCAGGAAAGCAACUAUCGAGAAGCAAAGGGAAUGUCUCACACGGAACCUGGUAAAAUUGAGGAGACAGCUCAUGAAGAUAGAACCAAGAAAGGCAUUCCGCCCACGUAUGAUAAACCUUACACAUACGAUACAAGACAAAAAAAUAAAGAGAUUCAUGGCGGGAGUUUCAGUUGGCUUAUCACCAGGGAAACCGCCACAACUAACGAGAUCAAAUGUAGCAACAAUAAAAAUGGAGGUAGCAAAGUUGAGGUCAAACAAUAUGAUGAUAUUUCAAGGGGUAAAUCGUGCUCUAACAGCACAAGAAUUGAAGCUUUGCAGGCACAAUUGGGGCAAUUGCGCCGAAUCGGUACCGUGGGAAGCGAUGAAGGGGCAAAAUGGACAUCAUGUCGAUUUGUACAGCCACGCUAUAGAAUUGGGAGAGAUGGUAGUCAGAGAUCCUUGCAUAAUGUGUCAGAGGGUAGCACACUCAUUGAGACUCAAGGGUAUUGCAACAAUUCAUACAUGGUAAUCGAUAUUAUUGCAAGUGAAUCCGGCCGUCAUCAGCUUGCAGAUGCUACUAACCAAGGGCCCUGUGAAGUAUCAAGUCUUACCGAGUGUAUGAAUGCAAAAUCGGGUUAUGGAACAUAUUUUGAUGAAGUUCAAAAUUUUAGCUUUAAUCAUAUAAUACUCGUUGGGAAGCGUGAACAUGGUAUAAUUUUUUUAGAUUGCUAUGGUCGACUUUUUGAGCUAGAUAUGAUGUCUUAUGUAUUGUGGCCACUCGGAAAUUCUUUGGAAGAGGCAAAAACAAAACCCUGGACUGGAGAGGUGGCAUGGAGUAUUGAUGAUGAUGGAAUUAUUUUUGAACUUGAGUAUUAUACUGAAGCUGAACGUACUACACAUGAUCUUAUACUUCAGGAUUAUCCAAAACCCCGGAAACUUGAAGAAUUCUAUAAAAAAAUCCCGAGCAAGAAAAAAGGGAAAAAAAAGAAAAGCAAGAAAAACAGCACGAUUUUUUAA